AUGGCACGGCAACGCACUGUCGUCGCCCUCUCGCUCCUCGCCGUCCUCCCGCUCUCCGCCUCGGCCCUCCCACCUCCAUCAACAACGGCGACGCUGGCCGCCAGAGCCCACCUCGAGCCGCGCCAGUUCUUGUGCGGCAUCUUUGGCACCUGUGACACGUCCACGAGCGACGCAGCAACCGCCUCGGCCGUCCAGCAGACGCCCGCCGCCGACUCGGCGGUCCCGCCAGCCGCCAGUUCGGCGACCGCGCCAACCGCGCCAGCAGACACGCCGGCGGGCACGACCGCGACCCCGACCGAUGCGGCGACCGUGCCGCCAGUGGGCGCCACGGCAAGCAGCACGAGCGCGGUGGGACCCGUCGCCGACACCCCGACCUCGGCCGCGCCGACGCCGACGAGCGAGACGAGCGCGCUCGCGGCAUCCACCUCGGCUAGCACUCCGAGCACUUCGAGCACCUCGUCGACCACCCCGACUUCCUCCUCGACCUCGUCCUCGUCCGGUUCGACCAUCAUCGUGACGCUCACGUCGGUCCUCACCAACGCCGACGGCAGCGAGUCGACCAUGACGCAAGAGUCGGCGUCGGCCGUGCCCGUCGCGCCCAAGGAGAACAGCAGCGGCGGCGGGCCGAGUGGCAAGACCUGGGGCAUCAUCGGCGGCGUCGUCGGGGGCAUCGCCGUCCUCGCCGCGCUCCUGUACGUCGGCUACCGCCUCACGCAGCGGCGCUUCUCGAACCUCGACGCCGACGGCGACGACAUCCGCUGGCCUGAGCUGCAGCCCGACGGCGGCGCCAACCUCGCGACGCUCAACCCGCAAGGGACUCGUCGCACGGGCGGCGCCGGGUUCGCCAUGGAGAAGGACCGCGAUGACGACGACGACGACGAGUUUGACGACGAGGGCGAGGACGAGCUGGACCGCAAGGGGGCAGGAGCGACGGGCGGCGAGUGGGCGGCGGCCGAGGGGAGCCCGAGGGUCGGUGCGGGCGUCGGGGCCGGCGCGGCCGGGCACUAUGGUCUCGGCCACAACGCGAGCGAGGCGGCUUUCUUCGAGGGGCAGGGCGGGCUCGGCCCGUACGAGCAGUACGAGGGCGCGUACGGGCAGCCGCACAGCCCGCAGCAGGGCGCGAGGGCGAGCUACUACGACCCCUACCUCCCGCACGCGCACUCGUCCGACCCGGCCCUCGUCCCGCUCAGCCACGCCGCCGGCGCCGGCGCCGGUCCUUACGGCGCGCCCGUCACGUACCCGCCGACGUUCGCGCACUACGGCGCGCAGCCGGCAGGGCGCAGCACUGAGUCACUCGGGCAGUACCGCGCGACGAGCCCGAGGUACUGAGCUCGCAAGCGGCGUCGGCGCGAGGACGCGACGAGACGAGCGGUCUUGCCCGUGGUCGAGAGCGAGGGCGACGAGGGUGGGCCGCGCACGGACAUUGUUGUAGAUCGUUCUCGACGGCGAGGACUAGACGAGGACGACGACGAGGCGAUCUUCCUCGUGAGCCUCUCUUGCGAACGCAGACACUGUCUCUCU